CAGUGCGGCGGCGCUGCCAGCGGGGGAGGGAGGGAGUCUCCUGCCCGUGACACGCUAGUUUGUUUGGACCUUGGGUGAAAUCUGUUGCCCCUUGGCAGUGGGCCUGGCCGAGGGGCCUGGGCAGCCCUGCAGACCGUAGCCCCAGAGCAGGUGCCCAGCGUGGGCAGCUUCCCCCUGCCAGUGCGCUUCAACCACGAUCUGUGUGGCCAUAGGCUAAGCUCAACCUCAGUGGCUUGGCCUCCCGGCUCCCAAUGCUAGCCAAGGGCCGGGUCCCAGGUGUGAACACUGUGACACAGACGUCUGCCUGCUGGGCACUCGGCUGCCGCACCCCCUUCGUGCACAAAACCCCUUCCCAAAGAGCCGUCACCUGGGAGUGUUUGGUUCCUGCUAGUCCCUUGAAGGAGGAAGGCAAGCUUGUUAUCAACCCCCUGAGCCAGCCAGAGUGAGCCCAGCUGAGCUGCUGGCGGCUCGGACGCGUGACCGCAAGGUUCCUCAGUGCUCACACGGCCAGAAGGACUUCAUCCCCGAUAGCUCGGAAGAGCAGGCAGAGAGGCUACACCGGUGCCGGGAAGAGCAUUGGCAGCUCCUGGCAGAGGAGCGUGUGGAGAGGCUGGGAAGUUUGGUGAAAGCUGAAUGGAAGCCACGAGAGGGCAUCGUGGAGCUGAAAUCCCCUGCGGGGAAGUUCUGGCACACUAUGGGGUUCACAGUGCAUGGCAAACAGUGCCUACUGCCAGAGGAAGCCCUCUAUCUACUGGAAUGCGGCUCUAUUCAGCUCUUUUACAGGGACCUGCCCUUGUCCAUACAAGAAGCCUAUGAGACCCUGCUGUCCCAAGGGACGGUGAGCCUGCUGCAGUACCAGGUGUUCAGCCACUUGAAGAGACUGGGUUACAUUGUGCUGAGAUUCUGCCCCAGUGCUGUCCCAUCUCAAUAUGAGAGGCAGCUGAAUCUGGACAGUUUUCGCAAGAGCACUGGAAAAUGCCAUCGCAAAAGGAAGAGGAGCUCCAGCUCCCGGUUACAAGACAAGAAACCAAAGGCAUCUGGGAAUCCUCCAGAAGGUGAAGAGACCCCAGAAAAGGCCAGUGACAGCUGUGGCGGUCCCAGUCAUCCAGCCUCUGGAGGGAGCUGUUUGUCAGAGAAGUCAAAAGAGUCAGAUCCUGCCAGUGGAGAUGGGGAGUCAGCCCAAGUUCCCACUGAUGCAGUACAACUCAACAAGCCCCCCAGUCUCUCAAAAGCUCAGGCUGGAGACUGUGGGAAGGCUGCUGGGAACAGCUGCAGUGACACCCACCUGCCCCGCUGGGACUUCACCAGAAUCGCCUUCCCCAACAUGGCUUCUGACUGCCCACACACCUUCCUGCCAGAGCCUGAUGAGAGACUGCUCCCGGAGAAUGUAGUUGGGCGGGAGGCCGACGCCACCCGCUGGCGCAAGCUGGUCAAUCAAAAGCGUGAGAAGUUGUCACGGAAGGAGCGGGAGCAGCGGGAGAGGGAGAGCAGGUACAAGAGCAGCAUCAAUGCAGACAGGAAGGUGAGGCGCUGCUCCAGCUGGCAGGAGUACAAGGAGCUCGUGAAGCAGAGGAGCCAGCGGAGGGCAGGGAGGCGGCCUUCGCACCUGUGGGACCAGCCUGUCACCCCGCUGGUGAAGCCGGAUCAAGUGGCGUCAGCAGCUGCUGUCCUCCAGCAGAUCAGUGUGCUGCAGCCUUCCCACAUCCUGGAUGGAGCCUUCCGGCUGCAGGAGGAUACGGAGGGUAUGAAGAUAAACUUCAGUGUGUAUCAAGCAGAUGCAGUUGCCAACUUCAAGAAGAACGACCCUGGGAAGCCGUAUGCCAGGAUGUGUGUGCGAAGGUUUGACGAGCAGAUCCCAUCCCUGCGGGCACUGAAGCAGCUUGCCUAUCAGAGCGAGGAUGUCCCGGUGGUCUUUGCACUGGUGGACAAUGGAGACAUUGCUUUUUAUUCUUUCAAGGAGUUCAAGCUGCCUGUUGAUAUUUAUCACUGAACUUACCAUUCCUUAAAGAACUGGCUUUUGGGAAAAGGGUGAGGGACUUUACUCAAGACUUAAUUUCUUGAUUCGUGGACUAUUAUAUCAAAUAGAAUCUCUGAUAACCAGUCUGCGUGCAGGAGGGGUAACCACCUUAUCCACUGCUGCAGGCCUCAGCCAGCUAGGAACUAGCUCAUUCGUAAAAGCAAGAUACACUCCAAACAAACAAGCAUGAUGUUCUGUGCUUUAGUAGGGCCCCUCCUAGUUGGAGCACGCACUGCUUUGUUCUUUAAUCCACUGGUUCUUCAGCUCUUAUCAUCCUCUGGACCACUUCCCCAUGACAUUCUCUUUGUCCUUGUGGGCCUUUAGAACAAACUUCACUGGCGAUCCACACGUGGUAUUCUGAGAACCACUGGGCUAGGCUAGUCUGAAUACAACAUAAGAAUGGUUUAAGAACCACUGCUGUAGAUGAAUCAGACUCAUAAACUAACCAGGACAGUCAAUGGUAUAGCAAGCCUCUGUUACUCUACUGCACCAACACCCAUCUAAUAAAAUCCUUAGCAAACUAUUGGUGUGAUAGAAAUAAAGGCACUGCAACAGAACUCUUCUACAGAAAUGAUGAUGCCGGCUUUGCCUUGGUAUUUGUAUGCCAGCAGGAGAUAGUAGUCCUGGGCGAAUGCUCCUUGCUAGUAAUCCUCAACCUAAUAGAGCUGCUUUGUAAGCUAUUGGAGUCACAGAGAGCCGUGGAGUCACUGCAGAGGAACAUGCUAACAUUGUAUUAUGGUGUUUGCGUUGAGAUGUGUCAUUGCAAGACGGUGUCAUCCCCUAUUAAAACUACAGCACACAGCUUCACGACAUCUCACCAUCGCAGUAGUGUGACCCCGUUUCCAUUUCACGCCCUUUCUCCUGGAUGCAGGUACAUGUUUCUCACUCUCUCUUGCAAGUGAGAGGAGCUCUGAUUAAACCUGCAAACUCUCCAUGAGCUGAGCCUGGUAGUUCUUUGGGUCUAGUGCUCCAGGCUGAGGAUCAGUGUCCUAAGCAUUGACGGUAUCACCCAAUUGCCUUCCACUGUUGUCAGCAUGGGAACCCUUCCCCUGAAUCUCCUGAUACCAAACUCUUUAACUUCUAUGCAAAAAUGCCAGUGUGACUAGUGCUAGAAAGUCCUGGUCUGUGGCUAAAAGGGACUUCUAACACUAUUGGGCUCAGGGUUCAGCUUUCUUAAGAAGUGUUACAGCAAAUGUUUUAGAUGCCUUUUAUUUGAUACAGAAUGUUUGGGUGUUUUGGGUUUUUUUUUUUGGAGGAUUGGAGGCUAAAGUAAUAAAAAAGCCUUACUCCCGCUCAGGGGCUUGCAUUGUUGGAAAUUUAUUUAUUAGUGUUUCUAUGAAAAUUGAUCAGUAGUGCCUUGUCCUGUGAGAGGGCAGCCUGCGGAACUGCGCUGUCGCUGAAUGCAGUCCUACAGAGCCAGAGACCCUGUGAGUCCAUGCACGAUCCUUGGGGCAUGGAAUCCUAAUGCUGUGCUGCUGUAAGCUUGGUACAUCUUCCUUGUGUAUUGCCACACAUGCCACAGUGAGAUGGCAGAGGCUCUUGCCCUGAUUGCUUUGUUUAUCCCUGUGAUUAGUUGACAUGUUGGCCUAAAUCAUCAGCUGGUGUAAGUGGGCAUAGCUUCACUGACUUCAGUAGAGAAGAUGCU